AUGACCGAGACAAUAAAUGUUAACAUCUUUAAAGACAUUGAUGAGUUCAUCAAAGUAUCAAGUGUAAUAUUAAACCGGACUGAUUGGGACUGUUCGCCGGCUGAUCAGAAGGGAUACCAACAAAGUUUAGGAGCACAAACGAAUGAUGAAUGGGUAAAUGUUUCGAGUUUUUGUCAUUUCUUUAGUUUGAGGAGCUGUUCUUGUUCUGGAAACGGAAUGUGAGGAAUCAAACCAAGCCCAAGGAGCUGCAACAACAACUUUUGGAUUUUAACGUGCCUGUUGAGAACGUUGAAAGGAUAGUGGAGUUGUGGAAGACUGAAGCACCGGCUACGAUAAAGAAGGCCAAAUUGGUGUCGGCUUCGGGGAAACCUCAAGUUUCCGAUAUACGAUGGGGUUUGGAGCUGGAGAGAGCUACGUAUGUGUUUGACUUACUUUAAUGUAGUGGACAGAUCAAGCUAAACCUUAAUGUAACAAGUAAAUGAAUAAUAGAUGAAACUCAGCGACUUAGCAUCUCAUAAAGCAUUGUUUUUAGAAGGUUUAACACUCAGAAACGUGAGCCAUUGAUUAAUUUUGCCUUCAAAACUGAUCAGGGAUCAAAGAACGUGAAGAUGGACAUUGACCAACUAACACAACUUCAUUUAACGCUGAAAGAUAUUCAAUCACACAUUGAUUCGGUCUUUAAAUAA